AGUGGUAGGAAAUAAUAUAUGUCAUAUAGUUCUAGGAAAUAUAAUAUCACACAGUUAUGUAUAUAGGUAUUAUAGCAGUCCCUACAUUUAUAAAUUGUUUAAAUAAAAUAUCAUAUCUAUUUACAUUGAAAAUAGAUAAGAUAUCGAUUGACGGGAUCGUUUAGUCAAUCUUACAAAUAGGUACAUCUUUAAGUAAGUAUCAUCAACAUGGCGAACUUAUUGGGAACAAUAAUUUUAUUUGGAUUUUUUGCACUGGGGUUUGCAACUCAAGAACUAAUAUCCUGUUACGAUUGCAAGCCAAGUGCAGACAAACCUGAUGAAUGUGUUUAUCCAGAAAAGAAUCUUGCUCCCGUUAGUAACUGCCAACCACCGUCAAAUGGAACGGCGGUGUGCGUUUCGUCUUACGUUCAAAAUAUAAAUGCUGCUAGAACUGGAGUCUACCGAGGCUGCUUUAACAUAACAGCAGAAAUAGGCAACGCGUGUGAUUUGUUUGUAGAAGAACUCUCGUCUAAUACAUCAACAAUUAAAUUUUGUCGAUCAUGUACUACAGAUAGAUGCAACACAGAUUAUUUGAAUGAAAAGGGUGCAGCCAAUUAUAAUUACAACCUGGAAUCUUUAAUAAUCAUUAACAUACUAGCGAUAUUGGUUGCUAGUAUUUGGAAAUAAUAUUUAAAGUUACAUAGAACCAGUUGUAGCCUGUGUUGGAUAAGAGUACUUGUAUCUUUUGAUUAAUAACUAGAGUUAAGGAUAAAUUAUAAAUUACAAUGUUUUAUAUUUUUUUGUAUUCAAUUUUUAAUAUUUUUUAAUAAUUGCUAAAAUUGGAUUAAAAAUUUUAUAAUGGGUUAAAACAAAUAUUUAAAAAAUAUAUCAUUUGGAACAUCAAAAUUGAAUAAAUAACUGUUUGUAGCUUUGUGUGUAA